AUGAACCAAGAAAGAAAAAUGAGUAAACAAUUACAAUUGAAUGGUCAAGAUAGUGUUGAUAUCGGUAAAGAAGAAGAUGAGUUGUAUGAAAAAAAUGAUUUAAGUGUACAUGAACAUUUUAACAACACCGAUGAAGAAAUCGAUAUACCCGAUAUUGGUUUCUUUCCAAAAGAAUUGGUAUUGGAAGAACAGCGGUUAAAGGAAGAUCACACGAAAAAAGAUGAAGAAUCCUUGGUUAAUGAUUUAGAUGAAAAAGAAAAGAGAGUAAGAUUUCAAAAUUUACUUACACUAUUGAAAAAUAGUACUAAAUUAUCCAAUCUUUUUGAAUCCAGAUUAAAAAUAUGUAAAAUUCAAAUUAUUAAAAAGGAACUAGGUAAUGCUAUGACAAUGAAAGAAAAUGUGCCAAAUUAUAAAGAUGAAUCGACUAAGAAUACAGAUAACCAACCAAUUGUACAACCAAAAUUAUUUCAUGGGAAUCUUAAAGCCCACCAAAUUGAAGGUCUCCUAUGGAUUAGAACUUUGUAUGAAAAUGGUUUGAAUGGAAUUUUAGCUGAUGAAAUGGGACUUGAAUUUUCAAAAUUUUCCCCUAAGCUUCCAACUGUUUUAUACCAUGGUACGGAAAGUGAACGCUUUCAGUUGCGAUCAAAGUUCAAUAGUACUCAUAAAGUUAAUAAAUUUAAAUGUCAACCAGUUGUAAUAACUACUUAUGAUGUUGUGCGUCGCGAUAUAACAUAUUUAAAAAAUAUUGAUUGGAAAUUCAUUACAAUUGAUGAAGGACAAAAAGUGAAGAACGCUAAUUCCCAAAUAUCCACAUGUAUGCGUGCAUUUAAUUGUACCAACAAGCUCAUACUCACAGGGACACCUAUUCAGAAUGAUAUGUCAGAAUUAUGGUCACUGUUGAAUUGGUUGAUGCCUAAAAUGUUUGAUCAACUAGAAGAUUUUAAUUCUUGGUUUGUUAUUGAUAAGUUUUUUGAUUCUAAUGACAAAAUUGUUAAUAUGGUCAAAAAGGACGAAUUAUUAGACAUCAUUCUAAAGAUAUUAAAACCCUUUAUUUUGAGACGGGAAAAAAAUGAAACUGAUCUAAACCUCCCACCGAAAAAGGAAAUUGUUAUUUAUGCUCCACUUACAGAAACACAAAAACAAUUAUAUGAAGCAACAUUGAAUAAACAAAUGGAAAUUUUACUGAAUAAAAAAAAGAACCCACAAGUUGACUUGCAAGCUCAAGAUAGGUGUCAUAGAAUGGGCCAAACAAAGCCGGUUGUUGUAUAUCGGUUUUGUUCUAAGAACACUAUUGAUGAAAGAAUAUUGAAUUUUGCAACUGCAAAAAGAAAACUAGAAAAAGUGAUCAUUGGCAGUGGUUCAUUUAGUAGAACUGCAACACUUACCAUGUCAAGUAUUGAAGAUCUCAUGACUUUAUUGAAAUCAUCAGAGUACACUAAGAAAAUACAACCAAAUGGAUUUAUCUUAUCUGACGAAGAAUUGGAUGCCAUUUUAGAUCGAUCUGAUAUGUACAAUCCAGCAUCAAUGACACUUGCUUCUCACACUGCUGAACACUUUAAAGUAUUAACAAACUCCUAA